AUGCCUGCUCGUACGCAAACCCCUCAAACUCCGGAUGAGACGCUAGUACAUGCCUCUGUCGGGCAUGUGUUCGGCCAAGCAGCAGCCUCUGUCGCGAACCAUCGGAAGAACUUCGUCGCGCUUCACAAAAUCCAUAUGGAACUUGCAACAUGCAAAGAGGUGGUGAACAAGAAGGGGAAUAAAGUUAAGCUCAUAGGAGAGGGUAUCUUUGAGAAAGUGUUUCUUCAGAUGUUCCUCAAGGUCGUUUCCCUAAAGAAGGGCGAGCCCUCAGCUGAUCGCGUUCUGAAAUUCGUCGGUGGAUACAUUAAGUUCAUUAAUGAAAAAGCUGCUGAAAGCCAAAGCCCUCACGACAACAACGAUGAUGGCAAUGGCAACACUACAGCUUCGCGCUUCACUGCGCGUCUGUUGAAGCUCUUGCUCAAAGGCUUUCUUUCAAAAGACAAGAAUGUCCGCUGUCGAGUUUUGAAUAGUGUGGCUGAAAUGAUAUCCCAUCUUGGCGAGAUUGAGGAAGACAUUUACACGGACCUCCGGGAUGCACUUAUUCAGCGUGCGACCGACAAAGAGACCAAUGUACGAUACCAAGCCGUCGUGUGUCUAGCCAAGUUGUGCAACCCGGACGAGCUUACGGACGAUGAAAACGAAGAUAUGAUGGUCAGCUUUCUUCUCGAAAGGCUGGCUCAUGACCCAUCGCCUGAUCCCCGGCCUAGUGAAGUACGACGCGCCAUUUUGCACAACGUUCCAGCUAACCAACGAACACUUCCUGCCAUCUUGGAUCGAAUGAAAGACACAGACGCCACCACUCGCAAAGCUGUAUACAGUGCAGUCCUGGGAAAGAACAUGUCAAGCAAGACAGCCUCUGAUGGAUCUCGAGUUGGCACGACUCACCCCAAGGCUUUGACAAUAGCUCAAAGAGAGUUAGUCGUUCGGAACGGACUGGGAGACAGGGAAUUGUCAGUUAGGGCAGCUGCAGGAACCCUCAUGUGGGCUUGGCUUGAUAUCUUGAAUGCUGAAGUUGAGGGGCUUGAGGGAUCCGAUGCCAGUUUGUCUGCCGAGUCACUAGAACAGGGGCUGGUGUCCUUCUUGUCUCUGUUCGACCUAGCGGAGAGCACUGCUGCUGUUGACGCAUUGUUGAGUGUCUUCACCGCUAAGGUUGAAGCUUUCAACAAUCUUGAAUUCAAGGAUCAUUAUUGGGACAAGCUCAUCCCGGAGAAGGCAUUCCUUGCACGAGUUUUUGUGGAACAUUGCAAGAACACCGAGGAUGAUGUUAGGCUUGAGGCCAUGCUUCCUGUUGUCACAUCUGUGGCUUUUCGUAUCCAAGAAUCGUACAACCUUCACGUUGAACAAGAGUUCCUGCUCUCGAACCCAGAUAUUGACGAAACUGAAAGAAACAACAUAGAAGACGAGAAAAUGGCCAGGGAACUUGUCAUGUCGGAACUUCUCAAAUUGGCUGUUAAUCUUGACUAUUCGGAUGAGACCGGGAGAAGGAAAAUGUUCCAACUUGUUCGUGAUAUGCUCCGACGCGAGUCCCUUCCUGAGAAUGUCAUGGCUCCCUGCCUUGAUGUGAUGCGAACCUUGUCCCCGACAGAACGCGACCUUAUCCGGCUUGUUGUCGAAACUGUCCAAGAUUUGAGGGAUUCUGUUUAUGGUGAUGCCGAAGAGGAUGAAGCUGUGCUUGCCAAUCCGGAUGCUAGCUUUGAGGAGAGCCAACCCAGGGCCAAGCCAGCAAGGAAAGUGGUUGAAGACAUGUCACCAGAACAAAGAGCUCGUGUUGACCGGGCCGAUUUAAGAUGCCUUUCGCUCUGCGUUGGUAUGCUUGAACGUGUCAAUAGUACUUUUGAGGAGAAUCUUAUCCUAGAUGGUAUCCUAAGGGAGUUAAUCAUCCCAUCUGUCCAAAGGAAAGACACAGUGUUUCGAGAGAGAGGUUUAAAAGCUCUUGGCCUGUGUUGCCUCAUUGCAAAGCAAUUGGCUACUCGGUCAAUCAGCCUUUUCAUGAACCAGAUCCCGUCUUCUCCCAUCAACAUCAGACUUACUCUCGUGCAAUCCCUGUUUGAUAUUUUCAUGGUGCAUGAGGACAUUGUGUUCAAGAAACAGGAAAAUAAUGUGGAAGCCCUUACAGCCUUCCUGUUGACACAUAUUGAAACUGAACAGGACCCGAAGGUCAAAGCAACCUUUUGUGUUGGUGCCACGAAGCUAGUGUUGUCGGGAAUAGUCACAGAUGUCAAUGUUAUCAAAAAUCUCAUCAAGGCCUAUUUAUGCCCCGUUACUGCAGACAACCAAGAACUACGGCAGUGUCUCUCUUUCUUUCUGCCAAUGUAUAGCCAGUCUUCCCUUGCAAAUCAGAAACUCAUGAGCGAUAUUUUUAUCCAUGUCUUCUUGGAUGUCUGUCAGGACAGAAAGGAAGCAAUCGGUCGUGAUAAUACACCACCAGCAGUUGACUCUGAGCGAGUUGCUGAUAUGUUCUUGCAAUGGACUGACCCAUUGCAAGUAUCCCAUGCAAUUGAUGCAACAGGCUCCCAAGCAAUGAAAGAUGAAGAUGAAUGUGUUCAGCUAGAUCUGGCUGAAAACAUUCUCAGAACAUUGUUUGAGAAGGAUCUAAAAGUGACAAUUGAAAAAGAAGACAAGCAAAUUUUAUGCAAGCUUCUCAAUAAGUUGCAUAUACCUGACACUGUUGACGACUACAGAAUCCGAUCGUUGAAACUCCUCAUGGACAAUUUGCGCACUCGCCGACCUUUGAGGGACACCGUCUCCAAAAAUGCCUUAGCCAAGUUUGAAGCCACCAUCACGAGGAAGUUCGAGAAACAAUUUGAACAAUUCAGUGAAGAGGACUUCCGAAAACUGCAUGAAUUAAAUGACCUCUUCCAGUUCUUGGAUAGCAUCAUUCCCCUUGAUGAUGAAGAAGAAUUCAUUGACAUUGAUGUUCCCAGAAAAGGAAAGAAACGACGCUCAGAGAGCGUCAAUAGCACGACUACUGAGGAUAGCGCUGCAAACUCUCUUGAAAAGGAGAAAGGACGACGGGCAUCAAAGCGAGCUCGGCCCUCUACUUCGGAAGGGGACAAUGAUGGCGAAGACGAUCACUCCACGGGCCAGCAUAGCCAUGGUCCUGCCCUGCCGACGAGAACGCUCCCCAAGCGAGCAGUGGCCGGAAAGAAACCGAUCCAAGCCAUUGUGAUCAGUUCUGACAGUGACGAGGAUGAAGGAAAGUUGCAAGCCAGACACAAAGGAAAAUCUAGAGCGAGGUUCCGACCUUCAGUGAAAACAGAGGAGGCACAAUUGGACGACGAAAUUAGUGCCUUACUCAGCAAUAGCACCCGCAGCCCAGGUGUCACUGAGACUCCAUUCGACUCAAUAAUGGAUGACUCUGAAGAAGAGGAGGAUGAAGUCAAUGAGUCUCUUCUCGUCCAGGAGUAA